UCUCAUGUGAUCGCCAUCUUGAAAAUGAACCUUAUAGUCUCUUGAUUGUUUAUGGGUGGGCGUGAAACUUGUUUUCCAACGAUUAACAAUUUUGUUAUUGUUUUAAUCUUCUUUGGCUCGACUUAUCCGCGAAAAUAUUCGCAUGCCAUAUUUGUAGCAAUGUUAAAAUACAUGUUACAUAAUAUAUGAUAGAAAGCACCGAAGCGAUACGCUGUUAUCAAUGCAGCUCUGACAUGGAUCCAAAAAAUAUGGAUCUCUGCGGAGCCUACAGCAAAUUCGAUAAAGAGAAAAAUGUACCUAUCGAGUGUAACAGCGAGGAGUCGCACAUGCCUGGCACGUUUUGUGUUAAAUAUACAGAGCAGAGUCCACGUGGUUUCAUCUGGAACGGUAGGUGGCGGCAAGUGAUUCGACGAUGCGCUUCCAUUGCCAGUACUGGAGUCACAGGGGUCUGUAACUGGGGUGUUCACGAGAACGGGGUUUUCUGGCAAGAGUGUUACUGCUCUGAAGAUUCCUGCAACGCAGCAACCAGUCUGAUGUCCUUCACCACGCUGCUUCUCACCGUGUGUGGCGUCGUCUUCACGCUAUUUUAUUUUAAGUAAAAGUAGUUUCCGAAAGUAUUCACAUUUUUCGAAGGACGAAAACAGAAGAAUGUUGACAAUCAGAAAGGGUCGAUUAUUCUUUGUUGAAAGAAAUGAAAAUUUUUAAUUGUGACUCAUAUAAGUAUAAAAAAUAGUAGGGAUGGUAUUCUCAAAGAAUUUUGGAGUUGGCUUUUUCUUAGCAAAAUUUUGAUCAUGAAUUAUCAUAUAUAAAUAUUUCCUAUUUCGCCUCGCUUAGCUUCUAUUUAAAGUACGCUUUUGAAGUAAAAAAUGAGAUAUUUUAUUUAUGUAUAUUCUUAAAGCAAAACUUUUUUAGUUUUA